AAAGGACACGUCUCACCGGCCACUACAGGAGCAUGCAUCACCGCGACAAACCUGAUCCCAUGACCUCCACAUCCUUUUCACUGCAGCCGUGUUUUACUCUUGUGUUAUCUUUACCGAAUAAAUCAAUCACCGGACAAAGUAAAUAAAUACAAAUAUAUUUUUUAACUUUCACUAUAGCUAGGAGUUGGCGUCGCUCGCUACUUGGUACUCGGUUUAUAGACUUUAUACUCGUCAAUCUGACUCGUGCUCAGUUUAAAAAAAUUAAGUAUUUGACAUUGUGAAGUCAGAUAACAAUUGAUAAAUUUUAUUAAGGGCUUAUUGGCUUACUAGCCAUAUUUAAAAAGAAAAUCAAGAGAAUAGACAUGAUUUUGACAGAAUGUAGUGACUGUCUUUUUACCAUCAUUCCAGCCGGUUAUACCCUUGUUAGUAACAGGUAUCCGGUUUCUUCACAUAAAGAAAACGACGUGGUGAUUUUGUGACCCAUAGUAAUAAUGAGCGAAUUUUGAAAGCGCGUGAAAUGAAACGGCGAAAUAGAAGAUAAUGAAACGUAUAUUCUAUACCGAUUACAAGCGUUCCAUACUAAUUUGGGUAGAAUAGUAUCACUGUAAUUCCAAUUCCAAUUGAAAGAGCAGCAACACUGAAAAUUUAGAUAUAAACUAAUGAACUAAAUCACUAAACCCAACUUAGAAAUAGAAACCAUUGACACAAUCAAUGUUUAAGCUAAAGAAAAUGAUAGUAGACCGUCUUAUAUUUUUAACGACUACAAAGAAAGUUAAUUUCCAUUUAACAACUACGAAUAAAAAAAAUUGAAGUAUACUAUUUUAUUUAGCGGCGAACUAUUCCAUAUGCUAAAGUAUAAAUGAGUAAGUUAAUGAUUAUAAGUCUUAUAGAGUUACGUACACAGUCGCACAAUCUAUUACGAGAAUAUUUCUAUUCUAUCUAACCCGUACUAUUUAAAAUGGUACUAUGUACACAGUCGAUCCAUGUUUGACCAACAUGAAAUACAAAGCUAAUGGAAUGGUAAUAGAAUACUUGACAGUAAACACUAAACCCAAAUUAGGGAAACAUAAACCCCAAUCCACCUUCCAUAAUACUGGAGACAUGUAUUUAUAGUCCUCAUGAGCAACAUGAAAUACAAAGUUAAUGGGGAUGGUAAUAGAACACUUGACAUUAAACCUAAACCCAAGUUAAGUAAAUAUAAACCCCAAAACAUAGGCAAACCAAACCUUCGGGAAAUUAAAUCCACGUCUUAUAAUACUGGAGGUAUGUAUUUGUGAUUUUUUGAAAGAAGAAAAAGCCAUCCACGUAUAACUUUAUUGAUCACAUACAUAAGCAUCGAGAGUUAUAUUCCAUAUCAUCUAAGUUUUAUUCUAUAUCAGAUAAAAACUAAACCCUAAAAUCUAAUCACUAAAUCCUAACCCAAAUAUAAACCCUAAACUCAUAUAUCAAAAUCUAAAAAAUACAUAAUGGUAUGUAAUAUUAAAUUAAAUUAUGUUAUAUUAAAUUAUAUUAUGUAAUAUGCCAAUUCUAUAUCACCAAAAUUAGAACACAUGAUAUGAAAGUUCAGAAAUGUUCUAUUCCAUAUCCAAACAAAAUAGAAACAAGUAAUGCUUUCCCAAUAUUCCAGAAACUAAACCCUAUCCAAUCAUCACGAAACCCUACACGAAAAUAUAAACCCCAAUUCAUAUAUCAAAAUACGCAAGUAUUAAAUUUGUAUGAAUUCAGAAGCAAAAUAAAGUGAUAUUAAACGUUUCAAUUUAUAGCAUGAAUGCAAAUAAGAUGAUUUUUCAUUUUACAUGAUCAAAAUAUAAUAGAAACAUAUAAUAGGUGCUCUAACAGAAUAAAUAUGUUAUGUAGAAGCACACGUGUGCGGAUGGGCAUGGCGAUGACAUAGGUUGAAAUAGUUGUUAAAACUUUUGUUUCCAGUGGGUUCAAAGCCUGUCUCAAACAAUCUACUCGCAAGGUUUAAAUCGUCCAUGCCAGAUCUGAAGGAUGAAGGUAGGAGGUAAACACGGUUAGGACAGAAUACUUAAUGCAAAUAAAUUAAAUGGAAUACAAAAUACUGCAGUAGCAACCACUCAAUUCUAUCUCAAAUAAAAUAUGUUUACAUACAGUUAUACUAGACCAUGUCGACUAGAAUAGUAAUGAAUGAUCUCGUACUAUGUUCACACGCAUGCUAACCUAUACCAUAUCAAAUAGAAUAGGAACGAAAGAUAUCAUACUAUGUCAACACAGACAAACCUAUCUAUCGCAGAUGCUAUUCGCUAGGAAAACAAAAUUCAAAUUUAACAAAGACUAAGAACAGCUGGGGAAACCCCAACCCCAAAUCACCCAACCCCUAAAUCAAUUAGAGAACUUCGCAACGGCAACGAGACUGUAGAUUUACUAAAAGAGUACCCUAGUUCUCAGUAUAGCGCAAAUAUGAAAUAAAAUUACAGGAGAUGAAGAGAAUCGAAGGUUAAAACCUGAAAACGUAACGUAACUGAAGAGAUCUGAGAAGAAUCGAUGAUUGGAAUUGGAAUGGGUAUGGGCUUGCACUAUUCACCGAGAAGCAAAAUAGAAGACGGAGACGAUCUGAAGCGAGAACGACGGAGAUGGAGGCGAGCGGGUGGAGGAGAUUUGCGAGAGAAGCGUAUGGAGGGGGAAGAACCGUAGAUGAAGAAAGUGGGAAUGGAAGUUGUGUGGAAAGGGAAGAGACAUGAUUUAUUUGGGGUUAAAAGAAAAUGAUUUAUAAUUUUUUCUCAUAGCAGGUGAGCCGGUAAAUUAGAGAGGGUCUUACAGUAAUAUUAUGUAUAUUUCACGGCGUAUAUCGAUCCGUUAGGGUAAAGCGCUAGUCCUCUAAUUAACGUUUUUUUCAUGGCUAUAGGUCCUAAUUCCCCUUUUAUUAAUUGUAAGCACGAAUCAAGUAUAAGUAUCAUUGUUUUUUCUUCUACUUGACUGGUUACUUGUUUCUAGUUAGUUGUUCUACUACUUAUUUCUCUCUUUUUUUUUAUCAUCAAUUUUUAUAGACUCAAACUGACUCUAUAAACCAAACUGGUAACUAUGCAUCCAUGUUAACGACGAAAGACGAUUAUUUCUUGGCACUGCGUGUUAGACUAUAUGCCCUUAAAUUCUUCGUUCUUGGUACAUGAAUGAUCUAUGAGCUGAUAAAACUUCCUUAAAGGGGUCCUUAGAUCCUCCAAAUAAUUUGCAAAGACUGGCCAUUCUUCCGAUUCCGAAACCAUCUUCACCAACUGAGAAUAAUCCGUUACAAACGUAACUCAAAACUGACGCAAAUUCCUUAUACACUUCAUUGUCCAAAGCAAAGCUUCAAUCUCAGAGUGAAGAGGAUACAAACUAGCCUUUAUAUUUCGUGCCCCCGUUAAACCAUCAAAACCCUCUAGUGUACUAUACUACUCUUGGCUUGAAAAAACUUCAUUUUCUUUCCAAGAAUCAUCUGCAAAACACCAUUUUUCUAGAGUUGACAGUAAAUUUGUUUCCUCUGCAGGUCGUGCUACCCUCUGUGUGUUCAACACAUGUACUUCAGCCCAAAACGUCGAUUUCAUUUCUGCCAAUUUUAGCUUUUUCUGAAAUUAAUGUUUAAAUUAUUGAAAACUUUAUUAUUCUUUUCUCUUCAAAUGUACCAUAAUAUUUAUACAACCUGAUAAACAUAUUUUUGGGUAAACUCUCCAUGAUCUAUAUUGUGAAGAGAGCACUACUUAUUUCUUGUUACUGUCGUAAAAAUAUGUAUCACCCUUUUAAUUGUUAUCUGUUAAAUUACGUGUUUUAUUUCUUGUAUCUAUCCUAUACUAAAAGGGACUAAUAAAGCUCUCUUAAGGUGUCCACGUCCUCAAAUAAAUUCAACCAAUCAUGUUUUUUUUUUUAAACACGUCAGCUGGGCGUAAAUUUGGGCAAGGUAAUUUAUAUGUAAUUAAAUUUGGACUUACCCAUCACGUUUGGGCUUGCUUUUUUUGCCCAAAUCGACAAAUGAAAACUGAAGUUGACGCCAGAACUCAUCAUCUUCCUCUCCACCUCUUCGUUUUCUCCGAUAUGAAACCUGAAGAAUUGAAAACAUUUGGAUUUAAAAGAAAAGAUUUGACAGUCUAAUCUCAAUCGCAUAAAGUAAAUCAAACCAAACUUCACACAUCUUUCUCUCCGUUCGCCGUCACACAUCUUUCUCUCCGUUCGCCGUCGUCGCUCAUCUGAGAUCUCUCUCUUUACUCACCAAAGAUGCAUUCGAGCCAUCUCCUUCUCGAGGAGCCAAUCAGGAUGGCUUCAAUCCUCAAGCCAUCCAAAUCCGUAAGCGAUCCAUUGAUCCAUAUUCGUAAGAGUUAUCUCUAAUCUCUCUCUCUCUCUCUCUUUCUCUCUCUCUUUUGAUGUCAUCAGAGUUUCUUUCCGGAAGCUUUGGCAACAAAAUCCAACUGAAAGUCCCAUGUCUCCACGGUAAGUCUCUGUAGUUUGUAUUUCAAGGACAUCUCACCAGGUCCACCCGAAUCUGAAUUAGUAUUUCGAAUCUAAAGUUAUGGCGAUGAUCAAUUUCUUUUUUCCUUCAAUGGUGUUGAUAACCUAUUUGAAAAGCCGUCGCUUUGUAGUUUUCAUGUCGAUUCGCUUGAUCCAGUCUUCUCACAAUAUUUUAGUUUUUCUCGAUAAGGUUAAAGUGCCGUAGCGAUUGCUGUAAGGUGUGAAGAUAAAUGUCUGUCGAAUAUGAUCUCUGAAUGAAAACAUGAAGAAGUGUCAGUAUGCCGUAAGUGGUGAGUUUUCCCUAGAAGGAACAUUAUCUUCCCUACCCUCGCAUCUCUAAAAAGGUAUACACUUUUGGAUCAUCUUGUGCUUUUACAUAUUGGCUUUAAUCUAGAAAAAGAGACUUACAAUGAAGCAUGUGAUCUUCAGUUCGUUUAGGACUAAUUUGGGUUGAAUAUUACAUAAGCUGCUGACAUUUCUUCACCACGUAUAUAUAUAUAUAUAUAUAUAUAUCUAAUUAUAUAUAAUUUUAGCCAUCAGGAUGAAUCACUACUCUGCAUAUACUGAGGAGUCUGGACAAUUAUAUGGGACUGCUUUGGCGUAGGACCUGCUCUAGCUGAAGGGUAGGGAGAUUGAAUAUGACUUCCUGGAACUGAAUAGCCCUGUACCGUUGUAUAACUGUGACCAACAGGGAUGUUUUGAUUCAGUUGCCCGUAUUGGUAGCCUGGUGAGUUAACUGCCCCAGGUACUCCAUAAACCUGAAGGUGCUUACAGUGACUCAAGAGGCCUUCUGGAAGCUAGGAAAGAGGUUGCUGAGUUCAUUGAAUGACUUGAUGGGUAUCCCAGUGAUCCAAAACUCAUAUUCUCCACUGAUGGAGCUAGCUAAGGUGUGAAACAAAUCUUAAACUGUGCUAUACGCAGUGAGGGAGACAUGCAAUAUGAAGAAGAGCAGGAGAGUGCAAGUGCCACCAAGAAGCUUCACCAGAAAAGGCAAUUCAUCACAAUUUAAGUAGAAAAAAUAUGAAGUAUGAUCAGAAGAAAUAAGGUGAUGAUGUGAUGAAUGCAUGUCUUAUAUGCCCUCAAGAGAUGGAUGCAGCAGAUCUAAGCUUCUUACCAUGUCCUUGCAGAUUUUGUCUAUAUCUCUUCUCCUCUAUGCAGAUCAACCAAAACGAUGGACGUAGCCCACGACUCUGAGCUUCCCCAAACAAGUAUGAGAAGACAAGUAGUAAAAGUGCUUUAUGUUUUAGUUAUUUCCUUAGUAUCUCAGUUGCACAUAGCAUGUUGUUUGUCAAUAGAGUUUGUGUCAGUGACGUUGUUGCAUCUUUUGAAACUUUAAAGUUUAAUAAAAGUGAAAGAUCGUUGAUAUGUUAUCGAUGAAGUCGAAUGAAUGUUGCUACCAUUUAUCUUUUUCUUUAAAAUCAAAUCAAAUGGGUUGAUUGUCCACUGCGUUUAUUAAAACGUUUUCCCGAUACUAAAGGAGUUGUGAAUGUCUUAAUAUGCUAAACAAAUCUUCAGAAGUAGUUUGAUUUUGCAUAAUAAGAAACUGUAGUAGCAGGUUGGAUCGAGGAAAGGAAUCAAAGAGAAAGAAUAAUAAUAAAAAGAUUGAGAUCCGAGAAAAAGACCAAAAGGUUUGAACAAUACACAUAAUCAAUCCCCUGGACAAAAAAGAUUGUUCAAAACAAAUGUUUUCUACUACUAUUACUUUUAAAUAAUCUCCACUCGAAGGAGAAUAUUUUUUGUAUUACAGAAGGGAAUUUGUAAAUUUGAAAACGUUAUUGGGUCCACGUGUUUUUUUAAUAUUCAAAAUCAUAAAAGUUCAAGUUUUCGUUAAGAUUAUGAGACUUUCAAUUAUACACAUAAAACUGUAUGUUUUAGCGGAAAUUUAUUUUUUCAAAGAUACAUUUUUGUAUUUUCAAUACAUUUUAUUAACUAAUAAUGAUAAAUUCUAAAUUUCAAAUACUAAUUGCAUUUCUUGACUUCUUACCGGUUUAGAAUUAUAAGAAAUAUAAAUCACAAAAUAUAUAUUUAUAACUAAGACUUAAAUAAAUAUAUAUUCACAAAAAUAAGAUUUAAUAUGUGUAAAAAUUGUAAAACAUAUAUGAUUUGCAACAGAGGGAGUAGUAUAUUAGAGUUUUAGAUUAGUAGUUGGUGUAAAAUCAAUUAUACACACUUGACUCUCAUUUUAAUAUAUAUGUAACUAUUGUGAAUGUACGAAAAAUUUAAUUAUUGUGAAUGUAAGAAAAUUUAACAUUUAUGGUAAAUGAAGUUUUAAGCAAUUAUAUUUUAAUUGAGUAUAAAAGUACAUAUUAAAAUUUUUUUUGAUAUAAUCUCUUAUGAAAUUCAAAAAUUACUACUAUUUUCAUUUUAAUUUAAUUGUUGUUGUAGAGUAAAUUGUUUGUUUCAAGAUAAAUGUUGUUUUAGAAUUUAAAUACAUAAUUGAUUAACUUUAUAUGUUAUAUGAUUUUUGUAUUCUUCAGUCUAUUUUUUACUGAUUGAAAUGUGAUUAAGUGUAUAACUAAUGAUAUUUUAUUUUAGUAAUAUACAAAAUUAAUUUUUUUUUUACAUCUGUAUGCACAAAUCGAAAAUGACAAUUAAAAUGAAACAUAAUUAGUAUUAUAAAAACAUUACAUUCACCUUAAACAUUGUUAGUCCUUUUAGGUGUGUGAUCAUGGAAGAAUAACACUCAUUGCUGGCCAAUUGGUUAAUGCAUCAAAUGUCUAAAAAAUUAUAUUAAUAAAAAACUACAAAAAAAUGUCUAAAUUGUUUUAAAAUAAUAUGCAAACAAUAUUUGUUUUAGAAUUAAUAUAGUACACUAUUAUAUGUUAGAAACAGACUUUUAAAUCCUGAUAUAUUAGAAAUUGCUAAAUUUGUUUUAUUGAAAUUCAAUAUUAUAUUAUCACACAUUUUAAAAAUGAUCUCAGUUCUAUUUCCAAAGAUAAGUAUAUAAUAGUCAAUUGGAAAAUGUUAAUGUAAACCUAGAACAAAAUUAUUAACUGUGUAACUUGAUCAGAAUUGUUUUUGCCAUGCAUUGACUUAAAGUGAUAUUUUAGUCAUUUUCAAGUAAAUGAAUCAAAGAUACACAACUAUAAUAUGAAAAAAUUAAUACGCAAUGUCAAUUCCUCAUAUUUAUCAUAUUAAUUGUUGUCUUCCGCACUAUUGGUUUCAAAUAAUAAUAACCUAUUAUAUAACCAAAUAAAUAAAUUUGAUACGGCUUAAGGAAAUUUUUUCAUAUAUACAAUAAAUAAAACAAAACAACAGUAAAAUAUUAAUUUGAAAUAAAACAAAAAAUGACUACUCUAAAUUUAUAAUGAAAAAGUACAAAAAUUGUAAAAAAUAGAAAUUGACAUACAAAUUAAAAAGACAAAUCUAACAAUUCAAAAAUUCGACCAGUUAAAUUGCUUCCAUCGUCCACGUUGGAUUCUUUUGUUUCGUUUAGGGCUUUGUUGUUAAUGAUUUUGGGCUUCUUCGUUUUUUUUAGGCCCGACAUAUUGUCCAAGUGAAAAAGAAAUUGCAGAACUCAACCUUAAUUUCGUUCGUGUUUUCUUUUUUUCGGUUUCCCCUUCCAUUUUCUAGCUUCGAUAUCUUCCAUUGCUAUUCUCUCCAGAUGCGUUUCAAACAAUAACUUCACCACUAUCUACACUCAUCAAUUCUUAAUUGAACCCAUUCAAUGGACUCUUUUCAUCUUCCUCACUAUUUUUUCCCUUAUAAAUCUACUUUCUUAGCAUCUGUUUCGAAUCUGCUUGAUCAAAUUCACUCUGAUAUUUUCUCAGAAAUAUACAUUAUCCAUGGUUUUCCAGAAUCUACUUUUGCCAGCUUUUCGAAUAUACAUUAUCCAUGGUUUUCUGUGACUUUAGAUUAGAUUGACGUAAAUUUAUAUUAAUUACUUUCCAAUACUGAAUGUAUAUAUCUUUUUAAAAUGAUUUCCAAAACCAAUAUAUUUACUAAUUUAGCUUUGGGCUAUAGUUUUUAAAUUUUUUUCUUAAAAAAAAUAAUUGAUAAAUUAAAAUGUUGUAAAAAUAAAAAGAACAGUAGAAAAUACCCAGAGCACUUACCAAUUACCCCUAACAACAUUUAUGAAAUUUCUGAAAAUAUUUAAUAAAUCAACUGUUUACCUUUUAUCAAGCUGAUAAAAUUAUUAGAUCCAACAAUAUUAUUUUUCAUGUGUAUUUCUAGAGAGAUUGAUUUUAUUGGGAAGAACUUAAACUUUUCGUCACUAAUUAUACAAUACGAAUCAGAUAGAAUGAACAAAAUAAUUAAGAAAUCAAACUUUUAAAUUAUUGAAAUUUUAACUAAUUUUACUUUUACUGUAAUACUAAUUUAAAUAAUAUAAUAUGUGUUUUAUCAUUAUUUAAGUUUUACAUUCUAAGAUGUGAAACUUCAUUUUAAUAAUUUAUAUUUGUCAAAAUUUCCAAUAUAAAUUACAUAUUUAAAUAUAAAUAAUAUUUUAAAAUAAAUUAAAAUUUUAGGAAAAUAAACCCGGGCGUAGCCCGGGAAAAGGCUCUAGUUGUAAUAAUAAUCUAAAGAAUAUUAAUUUCAAGUAUUUGAUGUAAUCAAUACUUGUUUCAAAUGAGUCACAUACACGUAGUACAUAUUAGCAACUAUUUUAAAAUUAAAAGUAUUUAAUUCUUUGUCUAGCUCUAUUUAAAAGUUUUGGUACAAAAAGUUUUAUAAUUUUGAACAUAACUAAAUAAAUAGAAAGUAUUAAGAAGUAAUUUGCAAGUAUUUAAAAUUUAGGGGAGCAUCUUGAUCUGUUGAUCGAAUCAAGUACAAAUUCAAGUAAAAAAAAACUUAAUAUAGUAAAAAUUCUUUAAAUUAAUAAUGUUGUAACUAUAAUAUUUUAUUAACAUAUAGUUAUUAAUUCAUAAAAAAAUAGAUUUUUUCCAUUUCUGGAUAUAUCUUUUAUAAAAUAGGAAAAUAGUUAAUUUUACCGUAUAUACAUUAGUUAAAUUUUAGAAACUGAACUUUUAUAUUUUUUAUUAUAUUAUAUUCAAAUGUGGUUUUAGAUAUAGUUGUACUAAAUAUUAUUAAAAUAUAUUAAAUUUUCAGAAAAAUAUAGAUAAUUUUAUUGUAAAUAUAAAAUCAAGAUGAUAAUGUUUAAUUUGUACUUAUAUCAAAAAAUAUAUAGAUAAAUUAUUAUUUUAUAAUUUUAAUGAGAUAUAUUUACAUUGGAUUUUCUAAGAAAUUAUUAUUUUAUUAUUUUAUCAUUUUAAUAUUUUGAACUGGUUUAACUCGAAACUAAACUUAUUUUAUUAAUUUAUAAUAUUUAUUAAUUUAUUAAUUAUUAAUUUAAUAGUUACAAGACAAGUCAACUAGCGGAUAAAGCAAAAACACGGAUAAAGCAAAAACACGAAGUACCCGACUUGCGGCCUAAAGGGUAGUAAAGAAUCGUGGUAACUAAUUAUAUGAAUUAACAUAUUGUAAAUUUCUUUAUUUCACUAAUGCAUGCACCAGUUGUCAACCAGAAGUAGUAAAUAGGUAGAAAAACAAUGAUAAAUCUUGAUAAACAAAUAAGGCAUACUUGGUGAAGGGAGUUGCAUUCAUCAUUGGAUAGGUGGACUGUUUUUUUGUUAUUAAUUCUUAAUGUAUAUUCUUAUAAGUUAAGAUAUCCAACAAAGAUAACUAUUUAAGAAUACUGAAUAUUUUUGUAGCUGUAAUCUUUUGUUUUUUCUAAAUUAGUUUAAUUUAUUUUAUUUUGUUUCAUUUUGCUUUUUAUUUUUGUUUUAUAAAACAGCUGUCAUCAUACAUUACCCAUCAUAUAUUUCUUAGGAAACUUAACAGGAGAUUCUUUUCUAUAAAUGAAAAAUGAGUAUAUACAUAUUUAAACUACUAGAUUUAGCAUCCAAUAGACAUGCAGAGUUGAUUUAAAUUCUAUAUAUUCAUAAUACAAAUACAUUCUCUAGAGUAUUAUAUAUAGAUUAUUCCUACAGUACAUAAAAUAAUACUAUAUAUUUCUAUGUUUACAAAAGGAAGAUGAAAUUUCUUUUAAAGUAAACAAAAGUGAAUUUGCAGCUUCAUUUCCACAAAUGACAAAAAAACUUACUUAAAACUGUUAAAGUCACUAUAUAUAUAUACCUCUUUUUUUUCUCAGGCUAUUAAUCCAACCAAAACAAAAACAAAUACCAUUUCUUUUAACGCAGUAGUUUUUGCAAGAGAAGCAAAAGCUUACGAGUAAGAAUUUGAGGAGUCAUGGAACCAAUACCUAACGACGCUAAGUAUGUACAAUACAACAUAUCUGGCAAUAUCUUCGAAGUCCCCGCAAAGUAUAAGCCACCGAUCAUGACUCUUGGCAGUGGUGGCUAUGGCCUCGUUUGUUCGGCUGUGAACUCAGAGUCCAAUGAGAGAGUAGCAAUAAAGAAAAUCAUGCAUGCUUGUGAAAACCCAAUCCAGGCAAAGAGAACUCUCCGUGAAAUCAAGCUUCUUCGUCACUUAGAGCAUGAAAACAUUGUUGGAAUCAAAGAUAUAAUAGUGCCUCCUCAGAGAGAAUUUUUUGAAGAUGUUUACAUUGCUUUUGAAAUGAUGGACAGUGACCUUUAUAAAGUCAUAACAUCCUACGAAAAACUAACCAAAGAUCAUUACCAGUAUUUCUUGUAUCAAAUCCUGCGCGGAUUAAAGUACAUUCAUUCGGCCAAUGUGUUACAUAGAGAUUUAAAACCGAGCAAUCUCCUUGUGAGUGUGAAAUGUGAGUUAAAGAUCUGUGAUUUUGGGCUUGCACGUGCGGCUUCAGAGACUCAUGCAAUGACUGAGUACGUUACCACAAGAUGGUACCGUGCACCAGAGCUUCUAUUGAACUCUUCUACUUAUACCAAAGCUAUAGAUAUGUGGUCUGUGGGCUGUAUAUUCUUGGAACUGAUGACUGGCAGACCGCUCUUCCCCGGAAGAGAUCAUGUUCAUCAGUUUUGUUUGAUUCUUGAGUUGAUAGGCUCUCCAACCGAAUAUGACAUUGGAUCGUUGAAUGAUAGUGCUAAGCAAUACUUAAGGCAGCUUCCUUGGUUUGCUCGCCAAUCAUUCUAUCUUAAAUUCCCAAAUGUGCCUUAUUCAGCUAUUGAUUUGGUGGAGAAGAUGCUAAAGUUUGACCCUAGACAGAGAAUCUCAGUUGAGGAUGCACUAGCUCAUCCAUUUCUCGAGACUUUGCACGACAUUACCGAUGAACCAGUGUGCACGAAGCCCUUCGACGUUGAUUUAGAGGAACAUCCACUCGAAGUGGAGCAGAUUAAGGAGUUAAUCUACCAGGAAGCCCUAGCUUUCAACGCUGCACAGCAACAGGUGAAGAGGAAGAGUGACUUUUCCUUUUAAGCAACUCAUAAUUAAGCCAGUCAUCAUUGUCUUCUCAACUCUAUCAUUUGUCCUUUUUCAGUUUUUCUUGGAAACUAUCUUUUGUAUUUCUUUCAAUUUUCUGGAUAAUGGUUCUUAGAUAUUGAACAAUAAAAAUUAAUAAAUUAAUCUAUGAAUAUCUCAAUUUUGGGAUACACAUAAAUUAUUAUUGUAUUUAUAUCUAUAAUUUUUUUAUUAUAGUUUGGUUAUUGUUUUUGUAGCACCUCAUGAAAUACUAUUGAUGAU